UCAAAAAGAAUCGACAUUUUAUUCAACGUGGUCUACCAUGUGGCACUCGACUACAGUACUGGGGUACAUCGUCUGCGUGAUAGCUAUAGGCGGUGGCGACAGAUAUCAUCCCGAGAGACCUACAUGGCGACCCGCAGCGGCGCGGCAGGUGGCGGCGCCCGACGCGGCCGAGUACACCGCGCAGCACUGGACGGAGGAAGCACAGGCGGGCAUCCGCGCUCGCCAGCGGGGCGCGCGCGCCGCCGCGGCUGAACACACGGCGCGCAACGUCGUCAUGUUCCUCGGCGACGGCAUGUCCGUCACCACGCUGGCGGCGGCGCGCACGCUGCUCGGACAGCGUCAGGGCCGCCCCGGGGAGGAGUCUCAACUCGCAUUUGAAACUUUUCCAACAGUGGGAUUAACGAAGACGUACUGUAUAAAUGGACAAAUAGCGGAUUCGUCUUGCACGGCCACCGCGUACUUAUGCGGCGUGAAAGCUAACCGCGGCACCAUAGGCUUGUCCGGGGCUGUGCCGCGCUACGAUUGCGCCGCCUCGUUGCAGGAAGCAGCGCGCCUCAACUCUAUAGCGGCAUGGGCUCUCGACGACGGACGCGAUGCUGGUAUAGUGACGACGACGCGCGUAACUCACGCCUCCCCGGCCGGGGCAUUCGCCAGAGUUGCAAACCGUCAUUGGGAAAAUGAUGCCGAAAUUCUUAAGGAUAACCAGGAUCCGACCUUGUGUCCUGAUAUCGCACAACAGUUAGUGAAGUCAUAUCCUGGAAAUCGUUUUAAAGUAAUUUUGGGCGGAGGCAGACGAGAAUUUUUACCCACUUCUAGUGUUGACGAGGAAGGUAAUGUAGGCAGACGAACGGACGGCCGCAAUUUGAUUGAAGAAUGGCAAGCGGAUAAGAGAGCUCAAAACGUAACCUACGGCUAUGUGUGGAACCGAAGUCAACUAAUGAAUGUUGCAGAAUCUUUGCCGGAGUACCUCUUAGGAUUGUUCGAAAGUGAUCACCUGCCGUACCAUCUAGAGGCCGAUUCUGCAACAGAGCCGACACUCGCUGAGCUGACAGAAGUUGCGAUUCGCUCGUUGAGUCGGAAUGAAAAAGGCUUUUUCCUGUUCGUGGAAGGCGGGCGAAUCGACCACGCCCACCAUGACAACUUGGCGGAGCUGGCGCUGGACGAGACGUUGGAGAUGAGCGUGGCCGUGGCGCGCGCCGCCGAGCUGCUCUCCGAGGACGACUCGCUGAUCGUCGUGACGGCGGAUCACGCCCACGUCAUGACGCUUAACGGCUACUCGCCGCGCGGCAACGAUAUACUCGGGCCUUCCAAUGACCGCGACGAGGCGGGCGUGCCCUACAUGACGCUCUCGUACAGCAACGGACCCGGCUUCAGGCCCCACGUCAACGGCACGCGUGUUGACGUCACCACAGAGCCUAAUUACAGUAAGUAG